UAUAUGGGGGCGGUUAGCGUAUCGGAGAUAUUCUGAAAUUACCCGAUCGGUUGCACGUUACGUGGAUGUGCUCAACUAAGCUUGCUACACAUGGAGCUCAUUGCGACAUAACGCUUCCUCGUUCCAGGGGAGAAAUCUUCGUUUCUCUGCAAAUCUUCAAAUUUGGGGACAUUUGCGUGAUUGAUAUCGUUAUGAACAACGAAGCAUCAAACAUGAAUCGGAGGCAAGCAGAUAAGUAGAUACUCCAGAUGACCUUCUUUUCCGUUUUCUACACCUGCUAUUUGCGUGAUCUCUGCAUGAAAAUGCCCCUCUGAAGAACACAAAUGAAACCCUAAAAAUGCGGAAGAGGCGUCAAUUGAAUGGAUUGGCAAGCGUUGAUAAUGCAUAGCGUAUGGUUUAUAAGAGGCCGCGGCAGUUCUCUCUGUUUCCGUCGAUAUUGGAUGUCUAGAAUUCAAGAAUAUAUGAGAACUCGGGUUUUUAAAUGUUUCCGGGGGAUUUUAAGUGAGAAAUGUUCACUGUUGAAGUUACUAUAAUGGUGGCAACUUGUUCUGGUAGUUUUAGAAGGAUGAGUUGAAGUAUGUGCAAUAGGAACAAUGGAAGAUGCGGACAAAGGAGACAGUGAUCAGUAUCCGUCUCAUUCUAAUGUGUUGCAGCAACUUUCUGAGGAGGGAUUUAGAGCGGCUGGGGAAGCAAGAAAUAAUAUUUACGUGGGCAGUUCGAACGGUGUUCCUCGGCCAGUGCCACCGGGGCAUCGUCGUUGUCAAAGUGAAAAAUUAACUAGAAGCAGUAAGAGUUUUCAUAGAUGGAAGUCUCACAUGCAGAAGGCUUGGGGAUGGGGAAGCAAAACAACUGAGAAGAGUUCUCGUUCCAAUUUUAACCCUGAGAUUCUGGCAAACCAAAAGCGUCAGUGGUAUCUGCUCCGCACAAAAACUCUGGAUCGGAGAAAGUACAAGGAACCAACCUUGCUUUUUGAAAACUUUCUUAUUGUGGGUCUUCAUUCAGAUGCUAAUCUUGAUGCUGUUGAGAAUUCAUUUGCCAAAAGAAAGACAUGGGAAUUAGAGAUGGCUAAAUAUGAAAUAAUGGAUCUCAAAAUGCUACAAUAUUGUGGGCCUUCGAGUCCGACAUUUGAACCUCAGAUUCUUUUUCAGUAUCCUCCUGGAAGGAAGUUACCUGUGCAACCAAAGGAUUUGCUUGCCUUUUGUUUUCCUGGAGGUGUUAAGGCUCGCUUGAUGGAGAGGACUCCAUCAAUGAGUGAUCUAAAUGAGGUUGUCUAUGGACAGACGAUCACACUCCUCUCCUCCAAAUGCUCCAACAAAUUGCAAAAAGGGAUCAUCCUCCGCAGGGAUGAAGCCCUUCCUGCUAAACAGCCACCAUCCACUUGA